AUGAAGUCCGCUACUUUGACGUUCUUCGUGGCGCUCGCCACUCUCGCCGCGGCGGACCGUAGCUUCACUGUCACGAACAACUGUGCCUACACUGUCUGGCCGGCACUCUUCACGGGCACAGGCACCGCGCCUUCGCAAGCGACGGGCUGGGAGCUGGCUGCGGGCACCACGGCGACCUUCAGUGCACCGGACAACUGGACCAGCGGCCGUAUCUGGCCCAGAACCGAAUGCGAUGCCAGCGGCUCGUGCGCGACGGGAGGAUGCGACGGCGGACUUGAAUGUACCGGUCCAGCAUCCGCCGCUACACCGGCGACUAUUGCGGAGUUCACGUUUAGUGCUUCGCAGGCGGUUCCGGAUAACUACGAUGUCUCGAUCGUCGAUGGAUUCAAUGUUCCCGUCAAGGUGGCUAGCUCGAGCGGAUGUGCCGAAGCGAGCUGUCCGGCGGACCUUAACGCAAGCUGCCCCACGGCGCUACAGUUCAAAGACGCGUCCGGCGCCGUCGUCGGCUGCUUUAGCGACUGUCAAGUCGACUCGGACCCUACGAACUCGCCCUCGUGCUGCACCGGCUCGUUCAACACGCCAUCGACGUGCCCGGCGAGUCGCGUGCCGCACUAUGCUUUCUUCAAGACCAACUGCCCGGAGGCGUACGUGUUUCCGUAUGAUGAGACGAGUGAGCCGUUGACUUGUACGGAUAAGCCUAACUACACCGUCACAUUCUGCCCCGCUUGA